UGUCACACCAAGAAACUUUCUCGAUUAAUAUCCAAGGACAUUGACAUGGACGAACACAUAAACAACAUUUCGUCGUAUCAUUUAUCUUUCUUCGAGAAGCUAAUCUUAUGCAGAGGUCUAAAAUUUUCUCUUCCUCAGCACUGCUACAGCAAAGAUAUUCAAGCCAGCUUCGAAAAAACGUUUUGGAGGUUAGAUCUUCUCAUUAAAGAUCCCAAGAAAAAAGAUCUGGCAUCUGCCACCUUGCCUUCAAUCGCACUUAGCUACAUCGCAAAGAAAGGCCCUACUCCUCCUAAAGCACUGCUGAGAGCUCUCAACCUUAAAGGAAGAGAUGACAUUAUCAUCUCCAAACCAGACAAAGGCUCUGGUGUUGUCGUGAUGGACAGAGACCAGUAUCUUCGUCUACUAUGUGAGGCCUCGAUCAACGACUCUACGAAGUUUGCACAUAUUGAUCAACACCGUCCAAAAACCAGAAGAAGACCUCCGAAACAUUUCCACCCUCUCUUAGAGAAAGAAAAACAGCUACAUGAGAAGGUACACAAGAUUUUUCCAAAAGCCACGUCCGAACAACUUUGCCCUAAAGGUUCCAGACUUGCGCACCUGUAUGGCCUCCCCAAAACACACCGUGUAGGCCUCAUGCAUAGGCUUUCUUUGGCAAAGAAAACCUAUGCAUGAGGCCUAUCUUAUCAGCCUCUGGCACGUACAACUACCCCCUGGCGAAAUGGCUGGAUGAAAAAUUGAAGCCGUUAUCAACCAACAAAUAUUGUAUCAACGAUAUUUUUGGUUUUAUUGACGAGACUAAAAACACUAGCAUCCAGCCUAACCAUAUCCUUGUCUCCUAUGAUGUGUCCGCAAUAUUCACCAAUGUUCCUUUAAAAGAAACUAUUGACAUUCUCGUCGACAAAGCUUUCGAGGGUGACUGGUUCAAUAAGACGCAUAGCAUGCAACUCGAAAAGCAUCAACUGACGGAUCUAUUGGAAAUCGCUACUAUGAACCAGCUAUUUCAAUUCAACGGCGAAUUGUAUGAACAAACGGAUGGUGUAACAAUGGGCUCACCCACUAUUGGCUAACGUUUUCAUGUGCCAUAUAGAAAACCAGCUAGAACAAAAGAGCAUGAUUCCGUCUUUUUAUCGAAGAUAUGUUGAUGACACUUUAGUCACAAUGUCCAACACAGAAUCAGCGACAGAUUUCCUUCAAGUACUCAACAGUGCGCGCCCUAGCUUGUCUUUCACUAUGGAACUUGAACAUGACGGCUCCGAUUCCGUUCCUCGGUACAGUUUUGACAAGAUGUGGUGGCACUCUAACAACAGAAGUCUGCAGAAAACCAACCUACACAGGACUUCUACUCCAUUUCCAAAGCCACGUCGACAGCAGAUUCAAGAAAGGCCUAGUCGACACGAUGGUUAACCGUGCGUACCGUCUAUCUUCCACC